AAAGGUAAAUGGGACCUUUGCGGAAGGGAAUAAAAAGGCCCCAACUCAUCCGCCCCGUUCGUGGUCGCACCACUCCAUAGUCACCUUUUCGCCUGCCUAACAUGAUGGCGUCACCCAAGUGCUUCACACCCCACCCCUCUCCCCUCGCCGAUGUCCCUAGAGAGUAUAUCGCACAGCAGCUCCACAGUCUUGCUCCCCUCUACUGGAACAAACCAGAAACAGCCGAUUGUACCAUAGUUGUACCCUUCGGCCACCCUCGGCUAUCACCUCGUCAUCAUGCAGCUGAUCCGAGUCACGUCACUUCCCAUCUUACACUCCAAUUGCACAUGGACUAUUUGUGUGCCAAGUCGUCGCUCCUGCGAGGCCUCUUCGGCGGGUACUCGUACCUCGACCUAGUGAAACCAGAUCCAUCGGCAUCCUCGCCGUCCACAUCCCGAACGUCGGGCUGUCUCCAGCCACAUCUCCUACCUUCCUCUCGCCCCGUUCUUCUCCUCCCCGUUCCCGAUCCUCGUUCAAUACACCUUCUCGUCCACUGGAUAUACUUUGGCAAAGCAGACCUCAUCGAGACUUGUCUGAACGAAGGAGUCGUUGACUGGGAGGGCCUCACGCAGAAUGUCGAGUACCUCGGCCUCACGACGGACAUCAAGGUCUUCUUAGGCCGAUGGUAUGACAACUGGCUGCUUCCUACGCAUGAUCGGUCCGACAUAUGUUCACCUGACGAAGACGUAUCGUCAUCGUCGUCGUUGUCUUCAUCGGGCUCGAGGACUUCCUCUCCUUGUGAAGAAGUCAAAGGAGUGCGAUUUGAGCGUGGUCGCACGCGGGUCGUUCGCCCUCUCUCACGAUCGUGCAGGCAGCUUCCGUUGUAUGCGGCUGCUUGAUCAUGUUGGUUCAUAUUUUUUAGGACGCCUCACUCCCCCUUCUUCG